AUCCGACUAUAGCAAAAACGUCAAUUAGGUCCUUGUACUUUACAAUCAAUCAAUUGAAUCCUUAAAGUUUUAAUAAAUACCCAAUUGAGCUACUUAGAGCAUCUCCAAUGCUACAAUGUGCACGGUGCACAUGUGGCAUGAGAGAGAUAGACACAAAAAAUUGAAUUUAUGACAUUUCUCUCUCAUUAUUUACACGAUUUUAUUUGUUUUUUGGUAAGUUUUCUUUUUCAAUGUCAAGCACAAUGUCUACAUCUAGACAUUGUGCUUGACAUUGUGAAGAAAUACUUACCAAAAUGAUACAAGAUCCUUCAAAUAAGGAGAAGGAUAUUCUAUUUACUAUUUUUUAAUUGGAUAUCUUUCAUGCCACGUAUACACCGUUCAUGUUUUAGCAUUGGAGAUGCUCUUAGGCAGUAAACAGUCGGUUUUCCAGUUGAACAUUGACCUGAACUUUCCCUUAAAAAAGGGAAAGUUCCUGAAAUGGGACCAAAAACGUUUGUAAAUUCCAAAAUAGGACUGUCAUGUUUUUAUUCCCAAAAUAGGAUUAAUUACUGUCAAAUUUGGAAAAUACUGCGAUGUUUAAAGUCUUGUACUACCAAAACAUGACAGUAAUUAGUCCCAUUUUGAGAAUUAAAAACAUGGCAGUCCCAUUUUGGAAUUUACAAACAUUUUUAGUUGAUAAAUUAUCUUUUUUUUUAAUGUUUUCAAUUUUUUUCUAUUGUCCUCUUUCCUUUUCACUUUUUUUCCUUUCUAUUGUUGGCCUGUUCGGUUGUUCACCUUCUACCCAGCGACCAGUCCUCUUCUGCACUCAGCGACUUCUUCUCCCUGGAGAUGUGGGGACGUAUUUGAUUCUCCUCUCAAGUGUGGAUGAAUCUGUCAAGUCAAGAAAAACGUACAUAGCUACAAACCGAACUGGCUGGAAAAGACGAGCAAGCUUCUUCACAGCCGCUUGCCGUCCUCGAUCUCCCCCACCCUCCCUGUUCCCGUAUCCCUUCUGGAACGAGAAUCUUCUUCGCCCUUUUCAUCAACCCUCGGAGGAAUCUUCACAGAUCUACCGGAGGAUAGUUUCCAUUUAAAUCUUCUUCCAUAUAACUCAUUGACGUUUUUAACUUCGUGGCAACUCCCUCAAGGUCCAAACCAAAUGAAUCUUUGUAGAAAAUCGUAGGGAUUCAGGGGUGAGAAUUCCGGCACCGAACCAAUUUGUUUAAAAUGGAACAGGUUUGAUUGGAGAACGGG